AUGGAGGCAUGCCGUCCACCCGAGCCCGGCUGGUGCCGGUGGCGCAGCACGCACGCGAAGGGGGGGGUCGAGGAGGGACAUGGUGGGUCAGUGGGUGGCCUGUUCCGCAAUUACCGUGCAGUCUCCGAGGAGCUGGUACUGGAGCUGCCCGUGUGUGAGGUGCUCAGUCCCUUUGCAAGCUACCUGGUGAGCUAUGUGCGCUACGGUGCCAUGAAGGAGAUGCUGGCGCGGGCUGAUGUGAACGAGCGCCUUGUCCAGCUGGGUGUAAUUCAUCCCACUGUCCAGGAGGUGGACGACAGUGCGCUGCUGCACCGCCUCAUGGACCUCCUCGAUCCUGCCGUGCAUCAGGUCGAACGCCGAGCGGAGUGCUUUCGCCACGCGGAGCAGUCUCGAGUGGUUGGGAUGGAAACGGUGACGUAUAAAAAGCACCAUUCGCGCCUUCGCGAAGUGUCUCACACCAGUGGAAACCACACGCAACGCCGGACUGGUGGACGACCUCGCGCCGCUGUUCUGCACCUGGGAAUUAUCCUUCGCACGAACCACCAAGGUUUGAGGAGGUGCCGAAGAAUUCUUUAA